UCCACUGUUGUAAUGAUGGAGUGUGUUAAAGAGGAGACUGAUCCUGAAUCAUUCACAAUAACACCUCAACAUACUCAACAACAAAGAGGUUUGUGUCUAAUCUUCAUUUAUCAUUAAUAACUGCUAAUGUUUUCAUUUUUUUUUGCAUUCUAAUAAUAAAUUAGCUUUCUCAGACUUUGGGGAAGUGGAAGAGGAAGUUCAAGAAUGCAAAGAACUGAAGGAUGAACAUCAGGACCACAAUUACACGACUGCCAGCUGCUUAGAAACUGAUGAGAAUUCUCAUCAAGAAAGAGUUAAAGCAAAAAAAAAAUGUGCAUGCCAUCAUUGUGGCAAGACAUACACAAAAAAAGGGCACCUAAUGCAACACAUAAAGAUUCAUACCGGUGAGAGGUCUUAUGCAUGCUCCCACUGUGAAAAGAUCUUCAUCCAUAAAUGUAAACUGGUGUAUCACAUGAGGAGUCACACAGGUGAGAGGCCUUUUGCUUGCCCUCAGUGUGAUAAACGUUUUAUUACUAUAGGAAAACUUAAUGCUCACAUAAAGACUCACAGUACUGAAAGGCCGUACAUCUGCCCUCAAUGUGGAAAGAGUUUCCCAUUUAAAGCAAGUCUACAGACCCACAUACGCAUUCACACUGGCGAGAAACCUUUUAAAUGCCCUCAGUGUGAUAAGAGUUUUAAAAACAAGGGACCUUUAAGGUAUCACAUACGAAUUCAUACAGGUGAGAGCCCUUUCUCAUGUGAUGUGUGUGGUAAAAGUUAUAAAGUUAAAGAAUAUCUUAAGCAUCACAUGCAAGUUCAUACAGGCGAGAAGCCUGUAUCAUGCGAUGUGUGUGGUAAAAGUUUUGAAAUGAAAGAAUAUCUUAAGCUUCACAUGCGAGUCCAUACAGGCGAGAAGCCUUUCUCAUGUGAUGUGUGUGGUAAAAGUUUUAAAAUUAAAGAAUAUCUUAAGCUUCACAUGCGAGUCCAUACAGGCGAGAAGCCUUUCUCAUGCGAUGUUUGUGGUAAAAGUUAUAAAAAUAAAAGAAAUCUUAAGCAUCACAUGCAAGUUCAUACUAGCGAUGUGCAGUUUUGUCAAAUUUUCAGUUCGAGUACUUCAAAGGUUUUAAGAUCAAGUUCUUGAUUAAUCAGAGGCGGGGCAAGCAUGAGGGGUGUUGCUUACACAUCAUGGUGAAAAUGCUAAUACAUUUUUAUAAAUACUCUGUAUAUUAAGAGAUAACCCUGGGUAUUCAUGAUCUUUCGUUUCACAAUGUGCAUUCCUAAACCCUGCGCCUGGCACUACAUGCGGGUUGACCAACCCUGCUUCUAAAUUACAAGUCUGAAACGCUCCAUAACCUAAAAGCAGGGAAGAUAACCUGGGAUUAAGCGCAGUGUGAAAAGUCCUAAAGAGUAUUUAGGGUCCAGCCCAUGAUGUGAAAUGCAGAUAAACCUCACGACUGAAUUACCCCCCAAAUAAUUAAUUUCAGUGUAUUAUCUACAGUAGCAUUAUCAUGAGCAUGUUAUUUUAAUUGAGUGAUUUUUUUUGUAAAGAUUUUUAAUUGUACUUGUAUAU